AUCGUACGGUCCAUAUUUGAGACGGAAGCCAAAUCAACUUCGUAAUCCGUAUAAGACUACGACUGACUCAAAAGCAUCCGCCAUCCCACAUUCCGAAUCAAUCCAACGGAGAUAAAAACACCCAUGUCACCGAUCCUCGUGAAAUCCCAAAACCCAAUCAGAACCAACCUCACCACACUAUAUAAACACUCGCGCACUCUCCUCUCCAUCCACCAAAAUCCCUGAAUUCACUCUGUGUGUAGAAGACCGUUCUCCUUCUCAUUCGUCAGUUCGUUCGUAUCGGAUCAGAAGCAACCAAAAAUCGGCGAAAUGGCGCCAACGAAGGCCGAGAAAAAACCAGUCACAGAGAAAGCCCCGGCGGAGAAGAAGCCGAAGGCUGAGAAGAAGAUCCCCAAGGAAGGCGGCGUCGAGAAGAAGAAGAAGAAGGUGAAGAAGAGCACCGAGACGUACAAGAUCUACAUCUUCAAGGUCCUGAAGCAAGUGCACCCCGAUAUCGGGAUCUCCAGCAAGGCCAUGGGGAUCAUGAACAGCUUCAUCAACGACAUAUUCGAGAAGCUCGCGCAGGAGGCCUCACGAUUGGCUCGCUACAACAAGAAGCCCACCAUUACGUCGCGAGAGAUCCAGACCGCGGUCAGGCUGGUCCUGCCCGGUGAGCUCGCCAAACACGCCGUUUCCGAGGGCACCAAGGCCGUCACCAAGUUUACCAGUUGUUAAUUUUUUUUUCUCUUAAAAUAAUUUUUUGUGAAUUUUUUUUUUUUGUUAUUAUAAAUAUUUUGUUGAUCCAGGUUUCUGGAUAUGGUGUUAGGGCAAAUUGGAUAUAUUAAUGAAAUUGGAUCCUUCAUUUUAAUAAGAUGUGUGGAGAGGUUUUAUA